AUGAACCCAACUCUGUCCACCUGCAAUGCAGGGAAGGACCGCGAUUUUCACAACCCGCCGCCACAGAAUGCAGGGAGGGAGGCAAUAGCAACAAUGCAAAGCCUCCUGAAAGAGAGAAAAUACCCAUUCAUAUUCCUCCUCUUCGUAUUACUGAUCGUUGCUGCUCUUUUUCUCAUCUCCAAUUCUCAGUCCCCAAUCUACAUCACCUCUGGCGAUCUCACGCCAACUCAAACUGCGUCCCUUCCAAAAUCACUUCCUUCAAAAGAUGCAGCUGCCCCUCCCAUCGAUAGCUCAAUAGUAAUAAUAUCCACUGCCCCACCAUCACAGAAUCAAGAGGAUUUUGUCAAUAGUAGCAGUAGUACCCCGAGUGGUGAAUAUGAGUUUAAAUGGAAGCUGUGUCAGGGUUCUGGGGCUGAUUACAUACCCUGUCUGGAUAACUGGAAGGCCAUCAAGGCCUUACCAUCCAGGAGGCAUAUGGAGCAUAGGGAAAGGCAUUGCCCCAACCCCAAUCCCACGUGUUUGGUGCCUCUGCCCAAGGGUUAUAAGAUUCCAGUUCCGUGGCCGAAGAGCAGGGACAUGAUAUGGUAUAGCAAUGUUCCACACCCAAAGCUCGUUGAGUACAAGAAGGACCAGCGUUGGGUGGUGAAAUCUGAUGAUUAUUUUGUUUUUCCUGGGGGUGGUACACAAUUUAAAGAUGGAGUUGGACGCUACAUUGACUCCAUAAAAAAGAUUCUACCAACUAUUGAGUGGGGAAAGCACACUAGAGUUGUUUUAGACGUUGGUUGUGGUGUUGCUAGUUUUGGAGGUUAUUUGUUGGAGAAAGAUGUUAUUACUAUGUCAUUUGCUCCAAAGGAUGAACAUGAAGCUCAGAUACAAUUUGCACUUGAAAGGGGAAUUCCUGCUACUCUAUCUGUCAUUGGAACCCAAAGGUUGACAUUUCCAGAUAAUGCUUAUGAUGUGAUUCACUGUGCAAGAUGCAGGGUUCACUGGGAUGCAAAUGGUGGAAAACCUUUGAUGGAGCUAAAUAGGAUUCUUAGGCCAGGAGGAUAUUUUAUAUGGUCUGCUACACCAGUUUACAGAAAGGAAGAAAGAGAUCAGAAUGUCUGGAAAGCAAUGGUUGCACUAACUGAAGCAAUCUGCUGGACGACGGUGAAGAAGACCUUUUUUGAUUCAUCAGGAGUUGGUCUAGUUAUUUACCAAAAGCCUGUUUCAUCUUCUUGCUAUGUUAAUAGAAAAGAAAAUAAUCCACCUUUGUGCGAUCAGAAUAACAGACCAAAUAGUUCAUGGUAUGUGCAUCUGGAUGGAUGUCUUCAGUCACUUCCGAUAACAGGCACUGGUGAUAAUUACAACUGGCCGGCACCGUGGCCUGAAAGGUUAAACAGUAAACCUGCAAGCCUAUCGAGUGAACCAGAUGCUGAAGAAAUCUUCAACGAGGACACAAAGCAUUGGUCUGCCCUUGUCUCAGAUGUUUAUAUUGGAGGCCUUUCUAUAAACUGGUCAAGGGUUAGAAAUGUGAUGGACAUGAAUGCUGGUUAUGGAGGGUUUGCUGCUGCUCUCAUUGAUCUACCACUAUGGGUGAUUAAUGUGGUUCCAAUCAAUGCGCCAGAUACUUUACCGAUUAUCUUUGAUAGGGGCCUGAUAGGAUUAUACCAUGACUGGUGCGAGUCCCUUAGCACUUAUCCUCGAGCAUAUGAUCUUCUGCACUCCAGUUUCCUCUUCAGAAACUUGACUCAAAGAUGUGGCAUCGUAGAUGUAGUUGUGGAAGUCGAUCGGGUGCUAAGACCAGGAGGUAUUUUUCUAGUCCAAGACUCCACAGAAAUGAUUACCAAGGUUGGCUCAAUUCUGCAAUCACUGCAUUGGUCAAUCACUGUACAUCAGGAACAGUUUCUUGUUGGGAGGAAAGGGUUUUGGCGCCCUGAUGAGAAAAGCAGGAUAUGAAAAGGCUGCCAAAUUUUGUACUUGUACAGUGUUAUCAUCGAUAUCCCUCUCCUUUAACUGUCAUAAAGAAGACUGUCAGCAAGGCAUAGCGGCACAUCUUUAUCGUGAACGUGAAGCUGUUCAUUCAUGUUUCUAGUAUAUUUAAACUGGGUAUAUGUGAUUUUCAAGGUGAAAAAGAGAUUUUGAUGGUUCAAGUCAGUUUAUAUAGAUGCGAAGCUGAGAUUUACAAAGUUACAAGCUUCAUUAAUUCAAGAGUGAAUUUGGGAA